AUGACGAAUGAGAGCUUCCCAGUAGGCUUCAUCUUCCUUGGCCUCUCCCAAUGGCCCCAGCUAGAAAUGGUUCUCUUCUGGGUUGUGAUCAUCGUCUACAGCAUGAUCGUCCUCAGCAACUCGACCAUCAUUUUGCUCUCUUGUGUGGACCCCCAUCUACACACCCCCAUGUACUUCUUUCUGAGCAAUCUUUCCUUCUUGGACCUCUGCUUCACCACGACGGCAGUGCCCCAGAUGUUGUUCAACUUGUGGGGCCCAGACAAGAGCAUCACCUUUGUGGGCUGUGCCGUUCAGCUCUGUGUGUCCCUUUGUCUUGGUGCCACAGCAGGUGUGUUGCUGGUGGUGAUGGCCUUUGACCGCUACGUUGCUGUCUGCCAGCCGUUGCGCUACACCAUCGUCAUGCACCGUCCACUCUGUUGGAAGCUGGUGCUCACAGCCUGGCUGUCUGGCAUAGUGGAGUCUCUGACAGAAACUUUUGUUACAUUCCAGCUGCCCUUCUGCCCACACCACCACCUGGAAGACUUCCUAUGUGAGGUGCCUUCCCUCAUACGCCUGGCCUGUGGUGACACCUCUGCCAGUGAGUGGCAGAUGACCAUCUCCGCUGCCCUCUUCACGGUGGUGCCUGUGGGCUUGAUCCUGACUUCUUACGGCUACAUAGCGCAUGCUGUGGGGAAAAUCAGGUCGGAGGAAGGGAGGCAGAAGGCCAUUGCCACCUGCUCCUCCCACCUCCUGGUGGUCUUCCUGUUUUAUGGGACUGUGGCGAUGGUGCACAUAGACCCAAAGAACAACUUUUCCUCGAGACAUGGAGAGUGCUUCACCUUCUUCUACACAGUCAUCACGCCCUUGUUGAACCCUCUCAUCUAUACCCUGAGAAACAAGGAGGUGACAGGGGCACUGCAAAGGCUGCUGAGAGCAGGACCAGCAUACAAACACAGAGACCACUGA